GUGACACAUGUUCUCUUCUCCUCACAGUGGAGAGAUUAUAACCAGCUAGGACAGCUUCAGCUUUUAUAGGCGCAACCAGCAGACUGAGCACAGAGAAAAAUCCGAGAGAGAAAACGUAUUUUACAAUUCUUUGCACAUCCAGGAAAUACAGUUUGGGUGUCAGCAAAAGCUCCAAGUCUUAACCAGCAACAAUGACACCUGGACAGAUGAAUGCCAUAGUACAUGAGAAACAAACAGCAACAGGAGAAUGGUCUGCCGCUAUGUUUCCACAUGAGCCUUCCAUUCCAGCACCAGCCCAGAAGUGCCUUCCAGAUCAAGAUGCUGCUGCUGAGCAAGAUGUCAAUUCUGCUGAGAAUAUGGAUGACACUGAAGACAAUGAGGAAUUCCUAGAGAAGCUCAUAUCCAUUACCUCCAAGAGUUUACCGAAACUGGAGAUAGAGGAGAGAUACAACAUAACAAGAGAGCUAGGCAGUGGCUCCUAUGGUCAUGUUCUACAAGUUCAGCAUCGUGAGAGAGGAACCUCAAUGGCUUUGAAACUGAUGUCCAAGGAACACACAGGGAGAAGGGAGUUCCUGUGGGAAUAUUGUAUUGCUCUCUGCCUCUCUUCACAUCCUACACUUCUUCGAACCAUUGGCAGUGCUUUUGAAUCAUCUACUCAUUAUGGAUUUGCACAGGAGCUAGCACCAGCUGGAGAUCUCUGCAGCAUCCUGAACUCAGGGGAAGGACUUCCUGAGGUGCAAGUGAAACGGUGUGCAAGCCAGUUGGCUGAUGCUCUGGAUUUCAUGCAUGGCAAAGCUCUGGUACACCGGGACAUAAAACUAGAUAACGUGCUGCUUUUUGACCAAGAAUGCCAUCAGCUGAAAUUAGGUGACUUUGGCCUGACACGACUGGAAGGCACCUGCAUAGCUGCUAUGUCUGCUGUCUUGCCAUAUUCCCCACCAGAACUAUGCCUGCUAGAGAGGACAGAGUCUCUAGCUCUGGACUCAAGCCUUGAUAUUUGGGCCUUUGGAGUGCUGCUCUUCUGUAUUUGUACUGGCUGCAUCCCUUGGGAUAUGGCAAUGAGCCCUGAUCCUAAGUUUGAGGAAUUUAGCAUCUGGCAAAAUCGCACAAUACCAAGUGAGGCUCCAGGCCUGUGGAAAGUUUUCACAGCUCCUGCCUUGCGUAUGUUCCGCCGCAUCAUGGCUCUUGACCCUAACCGUCGUAGCCCUGCUAUUGAAGUGAACAAAUACUUGCAUUUGCCUUGGCGAGUGGGUACUUCCGAAAACAUUCAGGAUGAUUUGUUGAAGACAAUUAGUUCUGAGGCCUGCCUUAAGGGACCCAGUGAGGACAAUACUGAACUGGGCAGAAACCCCAAGGAGAAUUGCCUCCAGCAAAUGCAACCCGAAGUCAUUGCCCCAGAGAAAACUCAUGCCAUACAGAUGGGUCCCAAUCCUGGAAGCAAUCCCAGUCCACAUGAAGGUUCAAGGCUAAAUGGACCAGGACUUGAGCCCUGAAGAAAGUAUCAACUCUGAAAAUAAUGAUUCCUUUCAUCAGGGAAAGACAAGAAGGACUCCAGCUAUCUUACCUUCUUUGUAUUAAGGAAGAGUAGAACUAGUCACUCCGUAGGGAGAUUUUCAGAAUAGGAGCGCUCAGUUGUAUAGUAUCAAUGUAGCAUCAUGAUACCUAGAAACAGUUCUAGAGAAUUUUUUUUCUGGAAUAUCCAUUCUUUUUUGUUUCUUAUGGCACAUAAUGCAACAAAAAGAAAUCAUUGUGAUUCAGUAUUUUUAGCUUUAUCCUCUCAUGGAUUUUUCUUUAAAUAUCAGAUUUGAAAGAAGGUGCAGUAGCCUAUCUAGUUCUGACUUCUCAGGAUGCUUUUUUUUAAAUAUCUUCCACUUUGCAGUCUAUGCAUUUUUCUUGCAUUAAUUAUGCAUUGUUUAAUUAUGGGAUAUAACAUUAUAUAAAAAUUGUUUGCAUUAAUGCAUUAAUUCCUGGAUGGGAAUUAAUGAUCAAUAGAUUGUAAAAAAAAUUAAUAGCUUCCUGAAUUUUCUGAAAUUGGAAACUUUUCAUUAAUGUUUUCCUUGAAUUCUAUUUACUUUUUUUCUUUUCUUUUUAAAGAAGAAUUAGGCUCCUUAAAAGAUUUUUUCUUCUUCUAAGUUUUUCUUGUUCUUUUAGUUUAAAAGAAAAUAUCCACAAUUCAAGUUUCUGUCACAGAAACGCUAUAAAUGCAACAGUUCAGGGAAGAUAAUAAUAUAAUAGUCUUUCAUCACAAAUGGCAAAUGAAACUAAUAGCCUACAAUAAGAAUUAAUCUGUAACCUAUAAAUUAACUUUUAAUUGUGUUUUAAAUAACUUUUGCUCAAUUAGAUUAAUAAGUAAAUAUAAGUGAAUCUUUUGCACAGGGAAAGGGUAUUUGUACAUAAUAUAGUGACACUUUAUUUGCAUGGAAUUUUUACAUUAUUUCUGCAUGAAACAAUUCACAAAGAAGUAAUAUUUUUGCAGUGUCAAAGAGUUCUAAUAUGGAAGCAUCCAAAGUCUCAUGUUUUACAUCUGUAACAAUGGCCUAAUCAUUGAACCAAAAAAGGUAGAUAAUCUUUGGGACGUAUGAUAUCCUGAAGUAAUGAGUUAAUAAGAUAUACUAUGUUUGUUUAUUUGAUUAUAUCAUUGAAUUUCUAUAAUAAAUUAUCACAAAACUGGCUGCUUGGAAGAGCUGGAUGUCAUGGGGUUCCAAAUUAAUUAAGAAAUUCUUGCAAAGGAAAUAUAAUUCCUAUCCUAGACCCUAGAGUUUUUGAAUGAGAUGGUAACAGUUGUGGAAACUGGUAUUCGAUUACCUUACUAAGGGCUUUUUCCUUUUAUGUAUUUUUUAAAAAUAAAGUUUGGACCUGCAGCCAACAGUUGAGAACAGAAAUGUCUUUUCCCUUAUCCUGUUGCAUAAAUCUAAAUGAUUUAUAUCUUAAAGUUAAGUUUUGCUUAGGGCAGAAAUGUAGCACCAGUAAAUUUCUCUGUGUCACACAGAAAUAUAAUACAAUGUCAUAAUGAUUCCUCCUUUCAUAUGGAGGGCUUCAUAUACUUAUAGCUGGUUAGAGCUCUCUUUGGGAAAAAAAUUUAUUUAUUUAUUUAUU